GGGAUGGCAUCAUCUUCGUGUCCGAGGGCAGCACGGUGAACCUAAGGCUGUACGGCCAGAGGCUGGGCUCUAUCUCCAGCAACCUCAUCUCCUUCACCGAGGUGGACAACUCCGAGGCCGUCCACAACUCCACCAGCUGCCCCGAGCUCACCAAGGACCUGGUCGUCCAGCAGCUGGUCAACGUGAGCCGCGGGAACACGUCGGGGAUGCUAGUGGUGCUCACUAAGUUCCUUCGGAGAAGCGAGAACAUGAAGCUGUAUGCACUGUGCACUCGGGCCGGGGUGGACGGGCCCUGGCAGAGGUGGACGGAUAAGGACUCGCUGCUCUUUAUGGUGGAGGAGGCUGGGAAGUUCCUGCCCCUCUGGCUGCACAUCCUACUCAUUAUGGUGCUGCUAGUGCUGUCGGGCAUAUUUUCUGGCCUCAACCUGGGGCUUAUGGCCCUGGACCCCAUGGAGCUGCGCAUUGUGCAGAACUGUGGCACGCAGAAGGAGAGGCGCUAUGCCCGCAAGAUCGAGCCCAUCCGGCGCAAGGGCAACUACUUGCUCUGCUCGCUGCUCCUGGGAAACGUGCUGGUCAACACCUCCCUCACGAUCAUUCUAGACAACCUCAUCGGGUCUGGACUCAUGGCCGUGGCCUCCUCUACCAUUGGCAUUGUCAUCUUUGGGGAGAUCGUACCUCAGUCCCUGUGCUCCCGACACGGGCUGGCUGUGGGUGCCAACACCCUCAUUCUCACCAAAUUCUUCAUGCUACUCACCUUCCCCCUCAGUUACCCCAUCAGCAAGCUGCUGGACUUUUUUCUGGGCCAGGAGAUUGGCACCGUUUACAAUCGGGAGAAACUGAUGGAGAUGUUGAAAGUGACAGAGCCCUAUAAUGACCUCGUGAAAGAGGAGCUAAAUAUGAUCCAGGGUGCCCUGGAACUACGGACCAAAACUGUGGAGGAUAUCAUGACCCAGCUCCAAGACUGCUUCAUGAUCCGCAGUGAUGCCAUCCUCGACUUCAACACGAUGUCAGAGAUUAUGGAAAGCGGCUAUACCCGCAUCCCUGUGUUUGAAGAUGAGCAAUCCAAUAUUGUAGAUAUUCUCUAUGUCAAAGACUUGGCCUUCGUGGACCCGGAUGACUGCACUCCCCUCAAGACCAUCACCCGCUUCUAUAAUCACCCAGUGCACUUUGUCUUCCAUGACACCAAGUUGGAUGCCAUGCUGGAGGAGUUCAAGAAGGGGAAGUCCCACCUGGCCAUCGUGCAGAAGGUGAACAACGAGGGUGAAGGUGACCCCUUCUACGAGGUGCUGGGCCUGGUCACCCUGGAGGACGUCAUUGAGGAGAUCAUCAAGUCAGAGAUCCUGGACGAGUCGGACAUGUACACUGACAACCGAAGCCGGAAACGGGUAUCUGAGAAGAACAAACGCGACUUCUCAGCCUUUAAGGAUGCUGACAACGAGCUCAAGGUGAAAAUUUCACCUCAGCUCCUUCUGGCUGCUCAUCGCUUCCUGGCCACGGAGGUUCCCCAGUUUAGCCCAUCUCUGAUAUCAGAGAAAAUCCUACUUCGGCUGCUCAAGUACCCAGACGUCAUUCAGGAGCUCAAGUUUGAUGAGCACAACAAGUAUUACGCCCGCCAUUACCUGUACACCCGAAAUAAGCCAGCUGACUACUUCAUCCUCAUCCUGCAGGGGAAGGUGGAGGUGGAGGCUGGGAAAGAGAACAUGAAGUUUGAGACGGGCGCCUUCUCCUACUACGGGACCAUGGCCUUGUCCUCGUCGCCCUCUGUGCCUUCCACCCAGGUCGGGUGUCCGCCUGGCAAGCGGAACUCCCUGCUCUCCUGGCUCUCAGACCGCUCCCCCUCCCACUCCACCACCCUUAGUCGCUCAGCCUCCCUCAGUUACCCCGACCGCACGGAUGCCUCCAGCACAGCUCCCUUGGCAGGCAGCAGCAACCAGUUUGGCAGCUCCAUCCUGGGCCAGUACAUCUCUGACUUCAGUGUCCGCGCGCUCAUGGACCUCCAGUACAUUAAGAUCACCCGGCAACAGUACCAGAAUGGGCUGCUGGCUUCACGGAUGGAGAACUGCCCUCAGUUUCCCCUGGAUGGCUGCACCAUGUGCACAGAGAACUUGGCAGAGAAGCCCGAGCUGCCUGUGGUGGACGAGACCACAACUCUCCUCAACGAGCGUAAUUCCUUGCUGCACAAAGCCUCGCACGAGAGUGCCAUCUGACAGGAGGGCCCGGGGCCCCCCGCCAGCCCUGCGGGGGCCUCCCCAGUGGGCCCACAUGAAGAUAGGGAGCCUGUUAGGCCAGAAGGGGUGCAGAUACCCUGUUUUACUGAGCAGCCAGAUGGCCCCCAUCCCGUGGGGGACCCGGCCUCUGACAGGACCUCUGAACAGCUCUGAGGUGGCAGCUGCCUGGCCCUGGACUGGUAGGGCAGGAGGCCAGCUACUGUGAGCAAGGCUGUUUUUUACUGAGAGAAUUUCUGAACUAAGCUCAUUGCUCCUCUUUUUAAAUAUCAUUUGGGGAAGGGAAGACAGGGUUAAGGAACUUUAAAUUUUUAUUUUCCACAAAAACUGUAAAAGGGGUAGGGUUUCUCACCCCAGGAAGCAAUAGCCAUAAUCUGCUCCCAGCCAUGACCUUCUGGCUUGUGUCCCUGACUCAGGGAGCCCACUCUUCCUCCUUCUCCUCCUCCAGAGAUGGGAUCCCAGAGACCCACUGGAGAAAGGUUUUCUCUUGGGAGGAAGACAGUUCUUCCAGGAAGCAAAGAACGAAAUAGCACUGAGAACAACUGCCUGGACACGUGCACUGAGGCUGUCUGACAUCGCUGAGGCCAAGGGAUUCUGGGUAGUUGUGAUCAGGGACAUGAUACUCCCAGCUACAGAGAGGAGCACACCUACUCCUGUCAAUCGCUGGAUCCAGGAAUUUCCUAGAACUCUGCUGAUGUGCUCUCCUGAACCCAGGAAAGGAGGUUUUCACUGAAAAGUACACAGCUGGCAGCUCCGUUUCCCCUGUGACUGUGUAAUCCUAGUGUGAGAUGUCAUCCUGGCCUUUGCUGAAGCUAGUGGUACUGGACCCUACGAGCUCCACCCACGUGAAGUCCUGCCCCAGCGCCCUUUCCCGGGGGUUGAAUCAGGCCCUGCUGCAGAGCUCCAGGCUUCCUACUGUUGGGGAGGCUGUGGGACCAAGGUCCGUGCUGGCCCUUUUGUUGGGUGGAACAGUUGCUGGGGCCCGAGAUCAGGCGAGGGAGACUCGGCACUCCUUCCGCCUGAGUGUGAUGGAUUCACUCCUCCACCAGUGCGUCUGUCAGCCCAGGUGCUUGCUCUUCAGGUGCCCAGAGAGUCCUAACUCUUGGGACCAGGAAAUGUCUUGCACCAAGUAUGCCUGCCCCCGGCCAGUUGAAAGUUUUCCCCAGUCACAGAAUUUAUUCCUAAAGUCUGGAGAGAAAGUGGUGACACCCAUAGGUCCUCAGCCAUAAGGAAAAAACACACCAGACCUUUGUUCCCUGUUGGGGGAAACCCCUUAGUUUUCUACAGGAGCAGCUUGCUUUCUGAGUCCACACAGGAGCUUGCAAAGCUGUGUUCCUGAGAGACCUGAGUGCCAGGUGGAGCACACCACGUUGGCCUGAACCAGGGGAGUGUGUGUGAAGUAAAAGCAGGUGCACACACUUCCACAGCUACCUCUUUGCACAGUUACUAUCGACAGAUGGUCCCUCCUCUCCUCCCUUCCCCUUUUAUAAUCACUUCUUGCAGAGGGUCAUAAUUAUUUCCAAAUAUUACUGGUCCGAUGACUUCCUCCUCCCAGUGCAAUUUGUCACUUCCUAUUCCAACCUCUGGUUCCUGGGCUGAGCCGUGCCCUGAAGCUGGCCCUCCUUGCGCGUCUUCCUGUGUAAGGGAGACCUUCGCAAAUGGCCUCCAAAUGGGUAGGCAAGUCACAGCCACCGUAGCAAAUAACUCGUAUUUAUUUUGCAUAAGAUUUUAAUUUGUAUAUUUUUGUGAUUUAUUUUGGCAUUGUUAUGAGUUUGACUCUCGGGGAGUUUUGUUGUUAUGACUCUUGUGUCUUUUGUCACAAAACAAUGAUAAUAUUUGCUAAACAAUAUAUGGAAUUUAUUUUUGAUUGGUAAUAAAAAAUGAGAUA